CCCCAGGGGGCAGUGUCGGGUAAAAAUAAAAUGAUCCUGUUUAUUUUUUGAGCAACAUGUUGUGGUUCACCCACUUCCCCCUCUGUGCGCUGUUUCCCGGCCAGAACCCCUCAGUGUCAUUACCUUGAGAAAUAAAGAGAUUUGGUUAAGUAUAAAACAGACUUUAAUGCCGAAAAUGAUGAAAUGUUACAAGCAAAUCAAAUGGAACAGAAACAGAGACGUUCAGUGACCCCGGCUGACCUCGGCUGACCCCGGCUGACACCAAGACUGGCAAAGAUUGAAGAGAACUCAGCGCUUCAACGUCUCUUUCUGCUGUUAGCAUCCUGCUGACCUCAGAGUUCCUGGAUGAACUCACUGAACGCCAUCGGCCGCUCUGGGGGAACCGCGGCUCCUCGGGGAAGCGUCAGACUCGCUGGAGCGUCCAGGAUGACACCUGAGGACUUGCUGAACAUUCUGGAGGACUUGGGAGAGGAAGAGUUCAUUAAGUUCAAGUGGCUCCUACAGCAGAGCAGCCAUCUUUCCCCAGCCAUGAGGAAGAGCCACCUGCAGGCAGCGACCAGGCAGGACACGGUGGACCUGCUGGUCCAGAGCGCCGGCCGUUCUGGACCAGCAGCCCUCGUCAGCAAGGUGUUGCUGAAGAUCGACAGGAAAGACCUGCUGCAGGCGCUGUGUGGCAGCGCCUCUGGCCCAGGAGGGAACGGUGACGAUGCUGGAGGAACGGUGGACGACACGGGACGCUCGGCUCCUCUUCCUCUGGCUCAGAGCAAAGCUCCUGGGUUCAUUGAUGUGGUGGUUCGAGCUCCUGAGCCGCAUCCCAUCGCUUUCUACCAGCAGAUGCUUCAGUCGAACUUCCAGGACAAGUUCAUGUGUGCUGAGGAGGGCUGGGCAGAGGACAGGCAGCGUCUGGUUGACGUCUACACCGAGGUCUACGUCGCUGCUGGGCGAGACGUCCACAUCAACACGCAACACGAGGUCAGGCAGAUUGAGAAUGUGUUGAAGCCGGCCAGAGAAACGGCAGUGAAACCCAGAGACAUGUUCAGUCAUCCUUCAGGAGAGUACCAGCCCAUAAAAACGGUUCUGACCAAUGGGAUAGCAGGGAUUGGAAAAACCUUCCUUGUGCAGAAGUUUGUGUUGGACUGGGCUGAACGACGAGCCAAUCAAGACGUGGAUCUGAUUUUCCCCUUCACCUUCCGCCAGCUGAACCCACUGAGAGCAGAAAGACUCAGUUUAGCUCAGCUCAUCCACGAAUGCAUCCCAGAAACUGUAGACAUCAGAGAGGAGGCUCUGAAUUACAUCUUUACAUCGCUGCAGUCUUCUGGAAACAGCAACUUUGACAAAAGUAGAUUUAAACUUCUGUUUGUGUUUGAUGGGCUGGACGAGAGCCGGCUUCCUCUGGAUCUUCACGUCGAUGACGUCCGAUCUGUCGACGUGACAAAGACGAGCACAACCGACGUUCUGCUGAGGAACCUCAUCGGCGGGAAACUGCUACGCUCUGCUCGGAUCUGGAUAACAUCCCGGCCGGCAGCAGCCAAUCAGAUCCCUCGGCGGUUUGUCAGCAGCGUGAACGAGGUCAGAGGGUUCACCGACCUGCAGAAGGAGACGUACUUCAGGAAAAGAUUCGGAGGAGAAGAGCAGGCCGAGCAGAUCAUCGCCCACAUCCAGGCGUCCCAGAGCCUCCACAUCAUGUGCCACAUCCCCGUCUUCUGCUGGAUCGCAGCUACGGUUCUGGAGGACGUGCUGAAGACCCGAGGAACCGCAGAGCUGCCCAACAGCCUCACUGACAUGUACACAGAGUUCCUGGUGUUCCAGAUCCACCACACUAAACAGAAAUACGGCUCCCAGACGUCUCUUCACUACAUCAAAUCCUUAGCUAAACUAGCGUACCAGCAGCUGGAGAAGGGCAACCUGAUCUUCUACAAGAAGGAUCUGGUAGAGAGCAAUGUGGACUUCACAGAAGCCUCAGUUUUCUCCGGCAUAUUCACAGAGAUCUUCAAAGAGGUGCGUGGCAGGAAAGGCAAAGACCAGAUGUUUAGCUUCGUCCACCUGAGCGUUCAGGAGUUUCUGGCUGCUGUUUAUGCCAGGAUGUCUCCUAGCAACAGCAGCAAAAUCUCAUUUUUCACACAACGAUCAAUGAAAAACCUUCAACUCGUAUUAAACCAAACAUCUUCAAAGAAGAUUCACAGGAUUUACAUCAACAAGGCCUUGCAGUCUCCAAACGGACACUUGGACUUGUUCCUCCGCUUCUUUCUAGGUCUUUCUCUGAGCAGCAACCAGGAUAAACUGAAGGAGCUGCUGAACCUGACAAACUGCAGCUUGGAAACCAAACAGAAAACUGUUCAGUACAUCAAGGAGAAGAUCAAUGAGAAUGUGUCUGUAGAGAAAAGCCUCAACCUGUUCCACUGCCUGAACGAACUGAACGAUCGUUCUCUGGUGGAGGACAUCCAGCGGUUCCUGAGCUCAGGAAGUCUGUCUGCAGACCAGCUGUCUCCAGGUCAGUGGUCUGCUCUGGUCUUUAUCCUGCUGUCCACUAAAGAUCUGGACGUGUUUGAGUUGAAGAAGUACUCGGCGUCAGAGGAGGCUUUCCUGAAGCUGCUGCCGGUGGUCAAGGCUUCCAGCAGAGCGCUGCUGAGUGAAUGUAAUCUGACAGAGAGAAGCUGUGAGGCUCUCGGCGUUUUGCUCAUUUCUGACUCAUCUGGUCUGAAAGAUUUGGACUUGAGCAAAAAUAUCCUGCAGGAUUCAGGAGUGAAGCUGCUGCUGGCUGGCAUGCAGAGUCCUUUGUGUAAACUCCAGGUGCUCAGGUUAUCCCAGACGGGCCUCACAGGGAAAAGCUGCCAGGAGUUGUCAUCGGUGAUCAGCUCAGCGUUCUGUCGUCUGGCGGUUCUGGACCUGAGCAGCAACGAGCUGCAGGACUCGGGGGUGAAGCUGCUCUGUGCGGCGCUGCUGCGUCCGCACUGCUGUCUGCAAACUGUCAGGUUAAGUCAGACGUCUCUCACAGAGGCGUGCUGUGAGGAAAUCUCUGCAGUUUUCUGCGCCCAGUCCUCCAGACUCAGAGAAGUGGACCUGAGCAACAACGACCUUGGAGACUCGGGGACGAAAUGUCUUUCUGCUGGACUUCAGAGCUCCCGCUGCUCCGUGGAAACCCUCAGGUUGUCGGGUUGCAUGAUCUCUGAGGAUGGCUGUGCGUUCCUGGAGUCGGCGCUGAGGUCCAACCCGUCCGGCCUCAGAGAACUGGACCUGAGCUACAAUCACCCAGGAGACGCAGGGAAACGUCUGCUUUCUGCUCGACUGGAGGAUCCGCUCUGCAAGCUGCAAACUCUGCGGCUGGAUCAGGGCGGAGAGCGGCGCCUGAAGCCCGGGCUGCAGAAAUAUUUCUGUGAGCUGCUUCUGGACGGGAACACGGCUCACCGGCGGCUGCAGCUGUCCGCCGGCGGGCGGCGGGCGGCGCGGGUCAGCCAGCAGCAGUCGUAUCCGGAUCACCCGCAGCGGUUCCACUUCUGCCAGCUGCUGUGCAGCGAGGCGCUGGCGGGCCGCUGCUACUGGGAGGCGGAGUGGCGGGGCGCGGUGCACGUCGCGGUGAGCUACGGGGGCAUCCCGCGGAGGGGAACCAGAGACCAGUGCCUGUUCGGGAGGAACCACCAGUCCUGGAGCCUCUGCUGCUCGGCGGCCGGAUACUCGGUGAGCCACCGGCAGCGGGACGCCGUCCUGUCCGCCUCCUGCGCCUCCCACAGGGUGGCGGUGUACGUGGACGUUCCCGCCGGCGUCCUGUCCUUCUACUGCGUCUCCUCCGACUCCCUGCUCCACCUUCACACCUUCAGCACCACCUUCACCGAGCCGCUCUACGCCGGGUUCGGGUUCUGGUUCGGCAGUGGCUUUGGGUCUUCAGUCGCUCUGUGUCCUCUGCAGGACAGCCAGCCUCCGGAAGCUUCGGUCCGUUAGUUUGAUCAGAAUAAUGAUGCAGAUGUUUAACCAGAGUGAAUCACUUUAUGGAAAAUAAAAGUCCUGGAAGAAAAUAA